AUGCAAGGCUUCAAUAUGGGACGCUAUGUCCCCCCAGACCAAGAAGGCCUAACAACCGGAAACAAACUCGCAGGGAAGCACGCACUCGGCGCGCGCGCCCGCCACCUGCACACAACAGGCGCGCUAAUCGUGCGCUUCGAGAUGCCCUUCGCAGUAUGGUGCACAACGUGCAAACCGCACCCCGUAAUAAUCGGCCAGGGCGUGCGCUUCAACGCAGAGAAGAAAAAAGUAGGCAACUACUACUCGACGCCGAUAUACAGCUUCCGCAUGAAACACACCGUAUGUGGCGGGACCAUCGAGAUCAAGACCGAUCCCCAGAACACGGCGUAUGUCGUUACCGAGGGUGGGCGGAAACGUGAUACUGGCGAGGAUAAGGAGCUGCAGCCUGGGGAGAUUGCUAUCAAGCCGUACGCGCGAGAGAUGGAUCCCGCGGAGAAGGAUCCUUUUUCGAAGAUCGAGGGUAAGGUUGAGGAUAAGAUUCGUGCGCGGACGGAGGCGACUCGUAUUAUUGAGCUUCAGGAACGGCAGAAUCGCGAUUGGGAGGAUCCGUAUGAGAAGUCGAUGCGGUUGCGGAGGACGUUUCGGCAGCAAAGGAAGGGGCUUGAGAAGACUAAGGCGAAGACGGAGGCCCUCAAGGAUAAAAUGAGUCUUGGGAUUGAGCUUUUGGAUGAGACUGAGGGGGAUCGGCAGAGAGCGAGCAUGGUGGAGUUUGGCGAGGACCCGGCUGUGCGUGCUGCCCGUAUGACUCGUCUUCAGCCUAUGUUUGAGCAGCGGGCGGAAAAGCCUGCACCAAAGACGCGGCCGGAAGAGAAGAAAUCUCGUUCUUCGAAGCGACUUAAGAAGGAUGACUUGGUUGCGACGCGGAAAGCUUCUCUACACCGUGAGCUGGUUGGGAAUACUCGUGCUAUGAUUGAUCCGUUCUUGGUGAAUGAUGCAGAUAAUCAGAAUGCAUGGCAGCCUAGCAUCAAGAAGAGGAAAGUUGCCACCUCUUCGACUCCAUCCCUCCGUGAAGACCACAGUGGCACAGAAGUCAAUUCCUCUGCCGUGGCGCCGACAUCAGCGCUGGUCAGCUACCCUUCCGACUCGGAGUGA